CCGCCGCAUUGACCGACGCGCCUUGUCCUGAAUCCCCCAUCUUAUCCUGAACGCCCGCGCACGAGUAGCAGCACAUCGCGAUGGAUCCCGCUACGGAGCAGAAGCUGAACACGGCGAAGCAGUUCAAGCAGACGGCCGACCAGGCCUUCAAGGAGGGCAAGAUCAAAGAGGCUUUGAUGUCCUAUCAUAGUGCCCUCAUGUACCUCAAUGGCCUCGACAAGAAUGCCAUGGCUGCCGUCUCUGGAAAGCAGAACAAGCCAGAACCCGAUCCCAAUGGUGGCGCACCAACAUCACCCAAGACCGAGGCCGAUGAGAUCCUGGAGAAGGUGUACGCCAACAUGGCCGCGUGCCACAUAAAGAACAGCAACUGGAAGCGCGCAAUAGAGACCGCAGCAAAGGCCCUAGCGAAGAACCCCGACAACACCAAAGCCCUCUUCCGCAAAGGAAAGGCAGAAUGCGAAGACGGCUACAUCGAGCGCGGUAUCCGCACUCUAGAAGAGGUCAAGAAGAAGAAUCCUGCCGAGGCCGCCAGCGUCGACGCCGAAAUUGCCCGCUUCCGCGCACUAGACGCGCAAAAGGAGAAGGAGCACAAGAAGAAGAUGAAGGGCUUCCUUAACAAGGCUGAGAAGAAGGGCGAGUCCAUCAGCCUGAGCGACAAGGAUACCAGCGGUCUCGCCUCCACCUUUGCCUCUGGCGCGAAGAUCGAGGAAGUCGCGUGAGAGGCUCGGGUGGAGGAGUUUGACUUAGGGGCCUCGUUGAGGUCUUGAAAAGCUUGAAAGCCUAAAACAAGGCUUCGACAGACCCAAACAGGGCAACGUGUCAACGUUGCUCGCCUGCUUUUGCUAUCACCAUUUACCUACAUUUCACUCUUCUGUAUCUCUAAACCAUGGGCUCAUCAUGUAUCCUAAUGUCAACGUUUGCUGGAACUAUCUCCGCCAACC